AUGGCGCCAAUUACCAAGGACAAAUACUCUGUCAUUCUCCCAACAUAUAAUGAGCGCCGCAACCUUCCAAUUAUCACUUGGUUGCUCAACCGCACCUUCACCGAACAGAAGCUCGAUUGGGAACUCAUAAUCGUUGACGAUGGCUCACCCGAUGGCACUCAAGUUGUCGCCAACCAACUGGCAAAAGCAUACUCUCCUCACGUCCUCUUAAAAGCGCGCGCUGGAAAACUUGGGUUGGGAACGGCGUAUGUUCAUGGCUUGCAAUUUGUUACGGGAAACUAUGUCAUCAUCAUGGAUGCCGACUUUUCACAUCACCCCAAAUUCAUUUCACAAAUGAUUGCGAAGCAGCAGACUCUUCCCACCAAUGGCGGAUACGAUAUUGUUACUGGGACACGAUAUGCGGGUGACGGAGGCGUUUAUGGAUGGGAUCUUAAGCGCAAAUUUGUCUCACGAGGAGCCAACCUUUUUGCGGAUACGGUUUUGAGGCCUGGAGUUAGCGACUUGACUGGCAGCUUCAGACUCUACAAGAAGUCUGUGCUACAGAAAGUUAUCGAGAGCACCGAGAGCAAAGGCUACACAUUCCAGAUGGAGAUGAUGGUUCGCGCGAAGGCGAUGGGCUGCACUGUUGCAGAGGUACCAAUCAGUUUUGUUGACCGGGUUUAUGGAGAAUCUAAGCUUGGAGGCGACGAAAUCGUAGAAUACGCAAAGGGUGUGUUGAACUUAUGGAUGAAAGUUUAA